CGCAGCAAGGACGAGCUGGUGUUCUCCGCAUUCCGCGCACCCUUAUCAUCACACAUUCUCCAAUCCUACCCAUCAACACAGUCUGCUCACCCUCAUCCAUCCUCAUCGCAUUAAGCGUCGCACCGUCUCGAAUCUUAUCGCCGCGUUCACAUCGUCCACACCCAACAAACACCUGGGGUUCUGUUCCACAUCCAACAACGAUGAAGCUGCUCUCUACACUCACCCUCCUCUUUGGAGCCGUCGCUUCUAUCGCCUCGGCCGCCUCUAUCCCCAACUCACAGUACAUUCUUCAACUCCAACAACCUUUGACCGACAACAACGCCCUCCUCGGUCCAUCGGACGGCAUUGAGAAUUGUGGCGACGACUCCGACGUGUUCCACAUCAAGUCUGUGGAGCUGACACCUAACCCCCCGAAGCGAGGACAGCCAUUGAACAUCCGUGUGCGGGGCACGUUGGACGAGGCGAUUGAUGCGGGAGCAUACGCGGAUGCUAUCGUGAAAUUGGGCAUCAUCAAGCUUGUGGACACAAGGUUGAACCUCUGUGACGAGACGGCAAAGAUCGACCACCCUUGUCCUAUUGAGAAGGGACCGGUUGAUAUUGAACACACCGUGGAUAUUCCUAAUGAGAUCCCUCCAGGACGGUACACAAUCCUGAUUGAUGCGACCAACUUUGAUGAUGCGCAUCUCGCUUGCAUCAAGGCCACAUUCCAAGUAUAAAACCGAAAAUGAUGUAGCUUAGGGUCAUGUGGCCAAACAGCCCGGCCUUCCGUCUCCCGUCCGACGAGCGACCCGUGGACUUUCAAUGAGGUCCUCGCGCUCAGACUUGGACUUUCUCUAGUAGGCUGUUACCCAUUUGAUGAGGCUUUCUAGCGUCGGUGUGCGGCGGCCUUGCAUAUGUACUUAAUGGCAUUGAACGGGGUGAUUCGUUCGCAUAGUUUCUUGCAUCCCGAGCUUACAUAUGUGAGCGUAGGACAUCGUUGACUCUCACUCAGACGUUGGUUGCCCUGCUGCAUACCUUUGGAACAGGGGUAUUACACAUGGCGUGCAGAAUAUGAGUUUUUUGGACGUUCACGAAUCAGCACGUUCUCGAGAUGAGACCCGUGAGCUACCUUGGGUGGGAGACGUUAUAAUCGCAAUACGCGUUUACCGUG